UCGUGCCGUGCAGUGGGAAAAAAACCGGCUUUGGAGCUCGAGUGACACAGCCCAAAGUGAAAAUCUUCCAGCAAACUUUUCUUCAGACGCUCAACUAUUAUGAACCUCACCGGAGACCUUGUUCUUUUCGUCCUGGCGAUUUGCGUUUCUGACAGCAUUGGGUGCACUGUGGAUCAAACAGUUGGAGAUGGAAAACUCAGUUUUGUGAACGAGGUUUCAGCGACCGAGAUCGUCUAUGCCGGCCACGCUGAAAAUCUCGACUGCGAAGCCGUCAACCACUGUAGCAUCACAUGGUACAAGAACGGCAUCCCGUUUCCAUGGAUUCCGCACGGAGACAUCGCAAACCGCCGCCCCGAGGAGAAGGGUCAGUCCCUUCGCUUCAAGAAAACAGACUUCGAUGAUGAGGGACAUUAUACUUGCGUCCUGUCCAACGGGGAGCAGAGCAUCAGUAGGACUAUCCAGCUUGUUGUCCUAAACGGGUCUCUUCCCCGGAAGCCUUGUUUGUUAGAAAGCACCGGGGGCUCCUGUGCCGACCAGACGGCUGUGGUUGGGGACACGGUCCGCUUCUCUUGCGAGUUCUUCGUCGGGAAGGGCCAAGUCGAGGAUAGCUCCGUAGGCUGGCUCAGGGUGGAUAAGAACGGGAACUUGGAGCGGAUCGAGGACACCGAGGCCCGCACAGAACGGAGCAGCAGGGACGACAGUGUCGUUGUCUUGAGCCUGGAAAUCGCCGGCGUAAAGGAAAACAGCUUUGGAUCUUGGAUGGCGUACGUCUUCAACAACGGUUACCAAGCCGAGGCGACGGUAGCCGUCAACCCUAGACCGAAAGGCGAUGGCAUAGGAGGUACUAAGAAAUCGCUGCUAGGAAAGAUCAAGACGGGGCAUAAAAAACAGGAGAAGUGUCCUGAGGGAGUUAGAGGGCUCAGGUACCGUGGAUUGGAGGCAUAGGAAAGUGAGGGGCGAGCAAGGGGUGGGUGAGAGUGCACGAGUACUCGCGAGUGGAAGUGGGGAGACGGUAUGGUUAAAAAAAAGAAAGAAAGAGUCAGGGGUUUGGGGGAUGAACGGAGAGGAAUCGACCCAACAAUGGUGAGCUGAUUAUACAACAGUGUUUUUUUUCUUUCAUUGGUUCAUGUGAUUCAAUCGACGACUGCUUUGUUUUUAAACCGGUCAGCUUCCAACUAUGACGUAACUGCCAGCCUAGAAACGACAAGUCCCUUUCAAAACAGUUCACAGAGGUCUGGCGGGAAGGUAAUAAUUUUAGUCGCCACGUUGGCGCUCACAUUAUCAGCUCAUGAUCUGCUCUAAUACCAGUUGCUGGUUUUAUUUGAGAUGUAGCUAAUAUCUAAACAGGAGUUCGGACAAAUUGACGUCGGAAAAACGGAGCUUAUUUUAAACUAAGGCCUAGCCUAAUCCAAACAGAGGAAUUGAAACCUGUGGUUAUAGAAGCAAUUCACAUCCUAGUGUCUAUUCUCCUACCUGUCAAUUGUCAUAAAAAUAGUUAUUUCAUGGGUCAGUUACAAUAGUCACGAUGUUUGUAGCCUCAUUCGACAACUUUCUUGUCUAUACGCCAAUGUCACAAAGGAAGCUCAGCCGGGAAACAAGACAAUUUGGAUCGAUGGCGGUCUUUGCCAGUAAGCUGAUGCCUUUGUACGCCCUCAACGACAUUUCAAAGCUCAGGUUUAAUUUAAGUCAGUCAGAUUUUAUUCGAGGAUAUUUCAAGAAAAUUUAUUUGGCCAUUUAGGCCUGAAAAGGGUCAAACUAAAAACUGCAUAAUUUCUUUUUAUAUUAUACCAAAGAUGAACGAAUAACAUUUCACCUUUUUUAUGUGGAUUUAAUGAAGAAAGUUGUAUCUUUUAUUUUGUACAUUUUAUGAAUUAAAGAAUCCCCUGAAAUUUGA